AGGACCACUUCCUGUUCUGGAGGGCCACUUCCUGUCCCUUGACCACGGGUGUGUGGACUUUUACGACACAACGAUGUGAAAGCGUGCGGAGGCGACUUUCUUGCGUCUGGAGGCUGACCAGCACACGGCGAGGAGGUUCUGCUCGAGCGGACCCUGGUGUGACCCGAGGUAGCAUCCAUGUGGCCGACAUGAGGCAGCUGGACCAGCAACGACAAAACCGCCAACAGAUUCUUGUUGGUGCCGUCACACCAACCCUGGUUCUGGUGGUCCUGGUGGGCUCAGGUUGCUGCUGUCCCGGCGUGUGCACCUGCAGCGGGAACACCAGCGACUGCUCGGCUCUGGACCUGACCAGCGUGACACCCCUCCUGCCUCUGCUUGAUCAAGAGUGUGUGACGUUGCGCCUCCUCCAGAACAACCUCUCCACCCUGGCACCCGCGGACUUCACCAACCUCACCAGCCUGGAGGUCCUGGAUCUUUCCCAGAACCGAUUUUCCAGCCUGCCCUCGGGAGUCUUCUCAAAUGUGGGCAGCCUGCGUUGGCUCAACCUGUCCACCAACCUCCUCGGAGCGCACCUGACCACCGCAGAUCUAAGCACCAGCGAGGGGGCGGACUGGGGCCUGAACAGGGAGGUCUUUAAGGGUCUGCGGUGGCUCCGAGGUCUGGACCUGUCCUCCAACGAUCUCCGCCAGCUGCCUACGGGCCUGCUGGACGGACUCCAGAGGCUGUCAUGGUUGUCGUUGGCCAGGAACCGUCUGGCCGUCCUGGAGAGGGUCACCUUUGAGCCUCUGAUGGGGCUUCAGCAGCUCCUUCUGGCUGGGAACCCCUGGGAAUGCGACUGUAAGAUGAGGGGCUUCAAACACUGGAUGGAGUGGAUGGUUUACCGAGACGGUCUGGUAGACGCCAUGACUUGCAGUCUCCCGAGGAACUUGUUGGGCCGCGACGUCCGCGGGGUGCCGGCCGAGAUGUUCGGCCACUGCGUGCGGAGCGCCGCCGGGGACUCCGCCACCGGGGAGUCGGCACCGGGAAAUCCGAGCCGCCCGCCGUGUCCGCCGGGCCGCCUCGGUAGCGCAGACGAGUGCGUCCGGCAGCGCUACCGUCCGGUCAGCGUCCGACGGGCUCACGGUACGCAGAUCGUGGCGGGCGUGGUCUGCGGGACCGUGUGCGUCAUGAUGGCGGUGGCGGCCACCUACGGCUGCAUCUACGCCUCGCUCAUGGCGCGCUACCAGAGGGACCUGAGACAACGAGGACAGCCGCUCACGGCCCGGUCCGGACCGGACAGCGACCCGGAAGACGUGGAAUCGCCGGAGGAACCGCCGGCCAAAGAGGCCUGCGUGGUGCACGGUUACCGCAUCAGCAGCUUCUGAUUUACUCAACAGCUUUGCUAUCAUGAUUCAAAUGAUAGCAAAAUAGGGAGGAUACGAUUCAUCGUUUCAGCACUAGCAUCAACUAUAAAGUCCACUAUUUAAAAGUCUCAGCACAAACAUGUCCUUCAAUGCCAAACAAGAGUACAACAGUAAAUGCACCUUGUGUGAAUUCCUCAUUG